AUGGCGUCUGCUGAUCUGAGAGACGAGCUGACCUGCUCCACCUGCCUGAAUAUUUAUACAGAUCCUGUAACCCUGCCAUGUGGACAUAACUUCUGCCGGGUCUGCAUUGAGAAUGUGCUGGACACACAGAGGGUGAGAGGAUAUUCCUGUCCUGAAUGCAGACAAUUAUUUAACACAAGACCAGAUCUGCAAAGAGCUCUAAAACUGUGUAACAUAGUAGAGAGUUUCCUAUUUACUCAUCCAAAGCAGGAGGAGGUUGGGAUCUCCUGUACUUACUGUAUUCAGUCCUCUGUACCUGCUGCUAAAACAUGUCUGCUGUGUGAAGCUUCUCUGUGUGAAGCCCACCUGAGGGUCCACAGCCAGUCAGCAGAACAUGUCCUAACUGAGCCCACCACUUCACUGGGGAACAGAAAAUGCUCCGUCCACAAGGAAAUCCUGAAAUAUUACUGCUCUGAGGAUGCUACCUGUAUCUGUGUGUCCUGCAGCCUGGCCGGAGAGCACAGGGGACACCAGGUGGAGACUCUGAAUGAGGCCUUUGAAAAGAAGAAGGAGAAACUGAGACAUAUUCUGCAGAAACUGACCUCAAAGAGAGAGGAGGCUGAGAAAAGAGUCCAGAGCCUACAGGAGGUCAGGAUAGAAGUGGAAGAAAAAGCAGCCGGGGUAACACAGGAAGUAACUGCCCUGAUUAGGGGCAUCAAGGAACAGCUGGAAGCUCUAGAGCAGCGAGUCCUGAGUGAGAUCUCCAGGCAGGAAGAGCAGGUCUCACUGCGAGUCUCAGAUCUAAUCCGGCAGCUGGAAAUAAAGAAGGAGGAUCUGUCCAGGAAGAUGGGUCACAUUGAGGAGCUGUGUAAAAUGACAGACCCAUUAACUGUCUUACAAGAACGGGAAUCAGACAGCGCUGACUAUUGUGAUACUGAGGAGGGAGAUAAUGAGGACAGAGAGAGAGAUGAUAACAAGGUCCGUGCUGUAGGGGAUCUGGAUGUGGGUCUGAUCUCAGUAACCUUACACUCAGGCUUAGCUGGUAUUGUGACUGGAGUAAAGAGACAGCGCCAAGUACCGGCUAAUAUAUUACAGGGGGUAAACACGGCUUCAGACAUGUUACUGGGGGUAAACACGGCUUCUGACAUGUUACUGGAUGUAAACACGGCUGCUAAUGAUGUAACUGUAUCAGGUGAUAUGAAAACUGUAUCCUGGUCAGAAAUAAACCAGAGUCGCCCAGAAACACCAGAGAGAUUUCAGUAUAAUCAUGUUUUAAGCUCCAGGAGUUUCUCCUCAGGGCGACAUUACUGGGAAGUGGAGGGCAGUGAAUCAGGGAGAUGGAUGGUAGGGAUGGCCUAUCGCAGUAUAGACAGGAAAGGACGUCAGUCAUGGAUUGGAUUAAAUAACAAGUCCUGGGGUUUGGGGAGGUGGGGUAAUAAUCAGUAUUAUGUGAUACAUGACAGUAAAGAUAUCCGGUUAUCUCCCCUCCGCCCCCCUUCCAGCCGGAGAUUGGGGAUAUUCCUGGACUACGAGGCCGGGCGGCUGUCCUUUUAUGAGCUGUGUGACCCCAUCAGACACGUUCACACCUUCACUGCCACCUUCACUGAGCCGCUUCAUGCUAUAUUCAGCGUAUAUGGGGAUAACACCUGGCUUAGAAUUUAUUGA